ACAACUAUGUACCGAUAUAAUCAAUGCCACAAAUGCAACAUUUAAGUAAGCCAUAAUAGUACGCAUGAGUUUGGACAUUUGAUGAAAGAAAGAUGUUAUUAACCACCUACGCAUUUGUUAUUGCUGUACGUUCAUUAUGUACUUAAACAUAAUUAGACAAUUGAUGGUCAAAGACAUUAAUCAAUAAGUACUGAUAUUUGAGGCAUUCAAAAAGCAUAAAAAUUUCCACAGUAUGAUUUAUUUUAUUUAGAUAGAUUUUUUCAAUAAGGUGUCAAUUUUUUGUUCGAAAAUUCUCUAAUGUUUUGUUAUUAUCGCGCAGUGAAAUAUGAAACUGACCGUCAGUGAUCUCUUAUCUCUUACGACAGAGAUAAUUAAGAAUCAUUUUGUAAUGUUCUCACCAUCAUACGUAUAAACUUGGUAAUUUAUAUUAGUUUAUUGAAAAGUGAACAUGAUAAGAGGAACUAAGGAAUUGCUCAAAUUGACCAUAUUCCAUACCGAAAUCGAAUUAAGGCGUCUCUCGCUAAAACCAUUUCACGAUCAUUUCAAAAUAAUAUUUACACAUGGAAACGAAGAAAACGGUAAUCCUUCACAAAUGCUUUACUAUUUUUGGUUGAGAGAUCACUGUAGAUGUGGAGAAUGCAUCAAUAGCAGAACAUUUCAAAAAUCUUAUCAUAUAUUGGAUAUCCCGUUAAAUGUUAAACCCAUCCAGUAUCACCUUGAAGAAAAACAACUGUCAGUUAUAUGGGACGACGGGCAUAGUUCUGAAUUUUCUUUAGAAUGGCUCAAAAAUGUACACCAGCCUAUUGUACGUCAGAGAGAAUAUUUUUUUUGGAAUAAAGAUACGGGAAGCGAUAUUGUGGAUAACUCAAUUUCUUUAGAUGAAAUUAAAAAGAAUAAGACCAAGUGCCAAAUAAAAUUACUUAAAUCUCUUUUAAAAUACGGAUUUGCAUUUAUUGCUGGCAUCGAGCCGACGCUUAAUGCUACCGAAAAUGCUAUAACGACUUUUUUCCCUGUUAAUAAGACACAUUUUGGUGACAUGUGGCAAGUGACCAACAAUUAUCUUCACAAUGACACAGCCUACACUGAUAGUUUUUUAGCACCACAUACUGAUAACACAUAUUGGACAGAAGCCGCUGGUUUAAUAGCAUUUCACAUGCUUUCUUAUGAGGGUACAGGAGGAAAUACACUAUUGGUUGACGGAUUCAACGCCGCCACUAAUUUAAAAAACAACCGUCCAGAGUUGUACGAUACUUUAACAAAAAAUGUAAUUGAAUGGGAAUAUGUGGACGAAGGCGUUCAUUACAGUAACAUCGAUCAUAUAAUUAAACAUCAUCCAUUAACAAAGGACUUAUGGCAAAUUCGGGUCUAUGACUAUCACAUGAGGGACACAGAAAGAGCCCCACGGGCUAAGAUUCUCAAAAUCUUUCAGAGAACGUGGAAGGAGCCUCACACAAGGAUAAUAAGGGCAGAAAUAACCGGGUCUAAGAUCGUCAAUUUCACAUGAGGGACGUAAAAGGAGCCCCACGCAAGGACAAUAUGGACAGAAGUAACCGGUGUGCUUUUUGCACCCCUAAUUUUUAAAAUCUCUUUUUACAUCUAAGAAUGUCAAAAUCAUAUGAGCGACGUAGAAGAAACCCCACGCAAGGACCAAAUGGACAUAAGUAACCGCCGAAUAUUUUGAACCAUUUUUUGUUAAAAUCCUCUUGUUUGUUAGCAUCUAAUUCUUAAGAAGCCGUUUAAGUAAUUCGAAAUCACAAUUAAUUUAUUAAUAGCUACACUUAUGAACAGAGGAGCCGUUUGAUAAUUAUUCCAGUAGGGUAUGCAGGUAAUGCUAGUAAAGAGGCUGAACGGAUCAUAUCUAAUAAUGGUUGACUUAAUAGUCUACUGUAGUGUAGGACUCUCUGGACUUUGUUGUUUGCUGCUUACCAUUAACCUAUAACGAAUUUGCAGUCAAAUGGCAAUGCAAUAUCAGGGGAUCGUGUUUGUGAUUGUGUCAGCAUCUAAUUCUUAAAUAGUUGACUUAAUAGUCUACUGUGCUGUAGGACUCCCUGGACUUUGUUGUUUUCUGCUUAUAAUUAACCUAGAACGAAUUUGCAGUCAAAUGGAAGGGCAGUAUCUGAGAAUCAUCUAUGUGAUUGUGUGAUAAUGAUGUCUUAAAGCAACGCUGAACCAUCUUCCUGUGAUGAUACAAGGGAGUUUUUAUUAACAAAACUAGUAUAAAAUUCAUCAGUGCAAUGUUCGAAAAGUUUCAGUUGCUUUUUAUAAGAAACGAGCACUUUACUAUUAGCAAGCUGUUUAAGUAAUAGGUGUUCACUAUUAAUAAAAACAAAGAAGAAAAACAGAGAAGAAGAUUGAUAGAUAGCUGAGCUGAUCAUAAAUAUCAAUCAUUGACUUAAUAGUCUACUGUGCUGUAGGACUCCCUGGACUUUGUUGUUUGCUGCUUACCGCUACCCUAACAACAAUUGGCAGUCAAUAAUGGUGGGAAUAAAGGCCAUUAUACUGUUUAUUCAUAUAAACUGAUAAAUAAGUUCAUAAUUACAUUAAGGCGCUAUGCAUGCUAUAGCUAUAGAAGAUGAGUUAAUGAUUCAUAAUAAGCGCCGUUCGGCGUAGUGUUCCUAUGACGGCAUUCAACAACUAGUGGAUAGUAUGUGGAAACCUACGGACGUGAAAGGUAUUGUGCCUUGUAUCUGUUGGCGCCCCUUGUUUGUUGCAAGGCAUUCGGCAACUGAUGUGUAGAACAUUCGGCGUUGCGGUCUAGAAAUGCAGUACUCGGUAGUCAGUGAGUUGUGUCCGGUGUCAGGAGAUUAUGCCUUGUCCGAUACGGUUCACCAGGGUUCAUGUAACAGGUAAGUGAUAAACGUUACGUUUUUGGUGUCUAGUAGCACUAGAUGUAGGGGUCGUCUCGUCAGGUUAGGUCAGGACAGGUAACGUCUGGGCAUUUCGGGUCAGAUCAGGUGGAAUCAGUUCAGGUCGGGUUGGAUCAGGUCAAGUUGUAUUGGGUCUGGCAAGGUCGGAUUAAUUCGUGUUGCGUCAGAAUAGGUCAAUUCAGGUCGGGCAUGGUCGGAUUAGGUCAGGUGAAGUCGGGUCAUUUCAGGUCGAAUUAGAUCAUGUCGGGUCAGAUCAGGUUGGGUCAAUUCCAUUCAGGUCGGGUCGGGCCAGGUCAGGUCGCAUUGGGUAUGGUCAGGUCGCGUUAGCUCGUGCUACGUCGGUUUAGGUCAUGCCAGUUUGGGUUCGGUCAGGACAGGUAAAGUCUAGUCACAUUAGGUCGGGUCAGGUUAGGUGGUGUCAGUUCAGGUGAAGUCGGGUCAUGUCGAGUCCGGUAAGGUUAAGUUGGGUCGGGUCGUUAGGUCAGAUCGCGUUAGUUAGGGUCAUAUAGAGACAGUUUAAGUCAGGACAGGUCAGGUGAGGACGUAUUAGGACGGGUCAGGCCAAGUUAAUUCGUGUUGCGUCGGGUCCAACCCAACCAACCCCACCCUACAUAAUCCAACCAAACUCAACCCAACAUAACCCAACCCAACACAACUUAA